AUGGCUGAAGCGCCAAACGCAAACGACGAGCUCUACCCCAUCGCCGUGCUCAUCGACGAGCUCAAGCACGACGAUGUUUUGCUCCGACUCAACGCGAUUCAUCGGCUCUCCACAAUUGCUCUUGCCCUCGGCGCCGAGCGAACAAGAGAUGAGCUGAUUCCCUUCCUCGACGAGUCUGUCGAGGACGAAGACGAGGUUUUGGUCGCCCUGAGCGAGGAGCUUGGCAACUUUAUCGAAUACGUCGGAGGCCCCUCGUGGGGUCACGUCUUGCUCUCUCCCCUCGAGAACCUCGCCGCCAUUGAGGAGCCCGUCGUCCGAGACAAGGCUGUCGAAUCUCUCAACAAGAUCUGCGAGGAGCUCUCACCGCAACAGGUUGAGGAGUUCUUCAUCCCCCUCGCAAUUCGACUCGCCAAGGCAGACUGGUUCACGUCCAAGGUGUCCGGCUGCGGUCUCUUUACAGCUCCCUACAAGAAGGUGUCUCCCCCCGUCCAGGAGCAGCUUCGCCAGCAGUUUGGCCUUUUGGUCCACGAUGAGACUCCCAUGGUCCGCCGCCAAGCCGCGUCCAACCUGGCCAAGUUUGUCAAGGAGAUGCCCCCCUCUAUCGUCAUUGAGGAGAUGAUUCCCCUCUUCCAGCACCUCGUUUCAGACGACCAGGAUAGUGUUCGAUUACUCACUGUUGAGAUCCUCAUCGCCAUUGCCGAGGGCGUGCCGAAGGAACAGCAGGCUAGCCAUGGUGUCCUGUUGACUUCUCUGCGAAACCUGAUCGAAGAUAAGAGCUGGAGAGUCAGGUACAUGAUUGCCGACAGGUUCGAAAAGAUUGCCAAGGCUGUAGAUGAGGAAGUCGUCUCCAGGGAUUUGGUGCCCGCAUUCGUCAAGCUUCUUAAGGAUAACGAGGCUGAAGUCCGGACAGCCAUUGCUGGUCAGAUCCCCGGCUUCUGUGGCCUGGUGGACCGCCAGACGCUUCUCAACGACAUCAUGAGCAGUGUCGAGGAUCUCGUCUCAGACACAUCCCAGCACGUGCGUGCCGCUCUCGGAACCCAGAUCAGCGGCCUCGCUCCUAUACUGGGCAAGCAAGAGACGAUUGACCAUCUUCUACCCAUGUUUCUCCAGAUGCUCAAGGACGAGUUUCCCGAGGUUAGACUGCACAUCAUCUCUAAGUUGGAGCUGGUGAACCAAGUCAUUGGCAUCGACCCCUUGUCCGUCUCGCUGCUGCCCGCCAUUGUCAACCUGGCCGAGGACAAGCAGUGGCGCGUACGACUCGCCAUCAUCGAGUACAUCCCCCUGUUGGCCAGCCAGCUUGGCGUCAAGUUUUUUGACGAGAAGCUCAGCAACUUGUGCAUGGGAUGGCUCGGCGAUACCGUCUUCUCCAUUCGCGAGGCUGCUACGCACAACCUGCGAAAGCUGACUGAGGUCUUUGGCGUGGAGUGGGCGAGCGAGGCCAUCAUCCCCAAGGUCAUGACGAUGGGCAACCACCCUAACUACCUGUACCGGAUGACCACUUGCUUUGCCAUCUCGACACUGGCCUCUGUAGUUAGCAUAGAUGUCAUUUCCAAGUCGAUUCUCCCCAUGCUCGACAAGAUGACGGAAGACGACAUUCCCAACAUCCGGUUCAACGUUGCAAAGACGUACUCGGUCCUCAUCAACGCCCUGCAGCGCCUGCCGGAACAGGGCACUCUCUACACAAUCGAGCAACAGGGAGCCCAGGCGGCACCGCCGACGCCUUCGCCUCGGGGCCAGGAGCUGAUCCAGCAGCGCAUCGUCCCGAACCUAACCAAGCUGCAGAAGGAUGACGAUGUGGAUGUGCGUUACUACGCGACGCAGGCGGUCGCCGAGGCUUCAGGAACCGGAGCGUCAGGAGGCGGAGAGCCCAUGAAUACUUCACCAUAG